GAUGGCGGCCGGGGCCCCGCCUCCCGCGGCGGGCAGGGCCGGUGCGGGCGGGCAGGGUGAGGGGUCGCCGGCGGCGGCUUCUUUAAUCCCUCAUUGCAGGCUGUCUGAAAAAGGUGAGAUCUGUUUCUUAAUAUGAAGAGAAACAGAGGCCGGACAGGUCGAAAGAGAAGAAGAAAACACUUGCAGAGUUUCAUGCAUGGAGUCAACUGCAGUCACAAACUGGAAUAUAUUAAACUUAAGAAGUGGCUGAAAGACAGAGGGUUUGAAGACAGUAAUUUAAGACCAGCACAGUUCCAGGAUACAGGAAGAGGACUGAUGACAACAAAAGCUCUUCAGGCAGGGGAACUGGUUAUUUCAUUGCCUGAAAAAUGCUUACUCACCACGGACACUGUCCUUAGCAGCUGCUUAGGAGAAUACAUUAUCAAAUGGAAGCCUCCUGUAUCUCCUUUGAUAGCACUGUGCACGUUUUUAGUAGCAGAGAAGCAUGCUGGUGAGAAAUCUCUGUGGAAGCCAUAUCUUGAUGUUUUACCAAAGUCAUACACUUGCCCUGUUUGUUUGGAGCAAGAUGUAGUGAGCCUUCUUCCCGAACCUUUAAGAAAUAAGGCUGAGGAGCAGAGAACAAUGGUCCAUGAAUUGUACACGUCUUCCAAGGCUUUUUUCUCUUCCCUGCAGUCUUUAUUUGCUGAGAACACAGCAACUAUUUUUAACUACAGUGCCUUAGAGUGGGCUUGGUGCACUAUAAAUACCAGAACAAUAUACAUGAAACAUUCCCAGAGGGAAUGUUUUUCUCUUGAGCCAGAUGUUUAUGCAUUGGCACCAUAUUUAGAUUUGCUAAACCACAGUCCAAAUGUUCAGGUAAAGGCUGCAUUUAAUGAUCAGACAAGAAGUUAUGAAAUACGGACAAAUUCACAGUGCAAAAAAUAUGAAGAAGUAUUUAUCUGCUAUGGACCUCAUGAUAAUCAGCGACUGCUACUAGAAUAUGGAUUUGUUACUACUGAUAACCCUCACAGCACUGUUUAUGUCUCAUCAGAUACUCUCCUCAAAUAUUUUCCACCACUGGACAAGCAGAGAGAUGCAAAGCUUUCUAUUCUGAAGGAUCAUGAUUUCUUACAAAACUUGACCUUUGGAUGGGAUGGACCAUCUUGGAGACUUCUUACAGCCCUCAAGUUGUUAAGUCUUGGAGCAGAUGAAUUUACUUGCUGGAGGAGAGUGCUGCUUGGUGAUGUAAUAUCAGCCAGAAACGAACAGCAGGCUUUGAAUAUAACAGCAAAAAUAUGCCAUUUUUUAGCAGAGGAGACACAGCGUGUCCUUUUCCAGAUUUCCCAGUUGAAAAGGGACAAAGAGAACCUCAAAAAACACCUAUCUUUGGUAGAAGCACUACGCUUGGAAGAUCUGAAGAUACUACAAAAAUCAGCAGAGAUUCUUUGCAACUUGAACGCGGCAACAACUUGACCCAUCUGGAGCUGUGAUAGCUGUGGUUGACUGCAUCUCAUUUGCUAUGGGUGUGCCUUGUUCCGCUGUUUUAAUGGAAUUGAGCAGCAAAGAAGAAUGUAAAAAUUCAUCAGAAAAUGCCUAGUUUUCUUUAUAGGGUCACAUGGGCACUAGAAGCUUAUUUUGUUCUUUGCUGACCUUCUUCAGUAAUACAAAAGGAUAGCCCAGAGGGUAGGAAGGAGCACAGGCAGCUUUCAUCACAUGGCAUCCAAAUCAUGGUUGUUAUGAGCAAAACAGCCUCAGGUAAUUUGAGCAGCAGGGAUUGUGGGCUCCAGCAGUUCUAGACUUUACAGCUGUCUGUGGGGCUAAGGCAUGGAUCGUUGGGUCAAGUCGACGUUCCUCAGCAUGUAUUAGAGUUCUAGCAAUUGACAGAGAGGGAAAGGACAGAGCUACUUUUAUUUGCCCUGUACUAAUAAUUUACUUUUUUUCCCUGAGGUCUGUACAUAUGCCUAAGAAUUAGUAGUUCACGUAGUGUCAAUUCAUUGCAGGAGCAAUAAAUGUGGACCAGAGCACAGAUCACCAUCAGCAUCUUUGUGACUGACCCCAAAUCAUUUCCCUCACAGUUUCAGCUCAUGUUUCUGGAACUUUGGGAAAUACGAAUUUCCCUCCUUUACCGUCAGAGCUUCUUCCAGACUCACUAGUUUGUGUUCUAACUCCUCCUGCUGGGAAUGAGUACUGAAAGGAUGAAUCAUUUUAAAACUGUUUCUUAUUUGGAAGAGCACCCAGCCAAUUCAUUCUGUUUGUUUAGUUCUUGUGAUCACAAUGAGAAAUAUUUUCCUGUCUUUAAGAGGAUAGUCUCGUGAGCUGCCUUUCAGUAUGAGUUCUACCUAAAUAAGGAGGUCAAGCUCCCUGUGUAGUUUAGAAGAGAGAGGUUUCCUUGAGGGCAUUUCCGAGCAGGACUCUUGUUUGAGCUUUAUAAGUUUCAUAAUUGUGCUUGUGUUGUGAUUAUUUCCCAUUGUAUGGGGAAUUACGUUUCAUAGAAUUUUCAUUAAUAUUUUUAGACUUUUGUUAAGAAUUGUGUUUUUAAAGUGUUUAUUUUUGUAAAUAUAUGGAUUGUUUUUCUACAAAACUAUUCUCUCUAUAUAUUUUUUAAUAAAUGAAAUUGUAUACAGC